AUGAAAAUUCUCAUCUAUCUCAUCGUGAUAACUUCGACAGCGACUGCUUUCACCGUAUUACCCUAUAUUCAAAUCGACUACGCCCAUUAUUUUCGUCUGGCACAAUGCCAAGCAAAAUGUACUCAAAAAUAUGGCAUUUUGUCCAGUCGUGUACUUCUUGAUGGUUCUUUGGAAGAAUUCUUGGACACUCAAAAUGCAGACUGUAAAGCGUGCGAAUCUGGCUGUCAUCAGCAUCGUCGCAGUCAUGGGAGAGGGCCUCCACAUCAUGGAAAAACUCCUACAGAUGAUGGCCUAAAAUUCUGGGGUGAAAGCAAAGCUGACACUGCAAAAGUUGGUUCAACGCUGGUUUCUUCUGUGCAGCUGCUAUGUCAGAAUCCGUCAAUAGAUGAAGAAUUUGGAGAAUCAUCUGAAGGCUUGGUCAGCAUAUCGCUGUUAAGAUCAGCUGGUCCUACAAGGUUUGCUUGCAAUAUUCAGAGUUCACAGCAUUCAAAAUCAGCAACUGUGGGAUUUGUCGUCCAGUGGAAGCAACGAACGCAAGCGAUGGGUUACUAUGACGAAACGCAAUGGAUUACUGCUUCGGUUGAAUCCGACACUUUACUCAAGAUUAAAGGACUUAUUCCUGGAGUACAGUAUCGCUUCAAAGUCACGGCUGUAGGCCCAAGUGGUCGUCUUGGUGAGGCCGUGGAUAGCACAUGGACAGAAAUUUCAAGUAGUGGAGCUCCUAGAACUCCAGGCUCCUCCCUUAUCAUUAGAAAUGGUUACGAUUCCGAUCGAGGAGUUACUGCUCACCUGGAAUGGCUUCGAAAUCCUCAGGAAUCCUGCUACUACAACAUUCAGUUAUCCAACGCCACCUCAGUCAUCAGCACAGAUAUUAGACUUGAUGGUUCCUCCUCGAUCUUAUUGCCUCAUCUCGAGUUUGAUUGUGACUAUGUCGUGACUUUGGCAGCAACUACAAAUGACAAGACUCAAACUAGUGGGACAGUGACAAGUAGCUUCAAAUCGCUUCAGUGCAAAGAUGUACAUGGAAGGGGAAGUCUACAAUGCUGUGAGUAUAGAAAAAUUUACAGCUUCUCUGAAAAUUUCUUCUUUGGGAGCAGCGUCUAUACAGAUUGUCGAUUUCUAUAUUUUUACCAAUUUUCAAGGCUCUGAUA